AUGUUUUCAAGAGCAGCACGACCGGCUCUUAGAGCUGGAGCUGCCGCUGUCCCUGCUCGCACCGCCCAGAAUGCCGCUACCUAUGCCACCCUGCGAGAAAUCGAAGGCCGUCUCAAGUCUAUCCGCAACAUCGAGAAGAUCACCAAGACCAUGAAGAUUGUCGCCUCCACCAAGCUGAACCGCGCCCAACGAGCCAUGAGCGACUCGCAAAAGUACGGUCAGACCUCCCAGCAGGUCUUCGAAGCCGCCGAGACGAAGCCGCUGGAGGGCGAGGGCAAGAAGACCCUGUACAUUGUGUGCAGUUCCGACAAGGGCCUCUGCGGUGGUAUUCACUCCGGUCUCUCGCGCUACAUGCGACGUCACCUGGGUGGCGACCACCAGCCUGCCGAUCUCGUUCUCAUCGGUGAGAAGUCCAGGGCGCAAAUGAGCCGUUCCAACCCCCAGGAUAUCGUUCUCAGCUUCGCUGGUAUUGGCAAGGACGUUCCCACCUUCGCCGACGCCCAGGCUAUUGCCGACCAGGUCGUACAGCUCAAGGGCGAUUACUCGGAUAUCAAGAUUGUGUACAACAAGUUCAUCAACGCCACGUCCUACGAGGCCACCGUCAUCGAGGCUUUCUCCGAGGAGGCCAUCGCCGCGUCCCCCAACUUCUCCGCCUUCGAGGUUGACGAGGAGCUGCUCGCUAACCUGCGGGAGUACGCCCUUGCCAACUCCCUCUACUGGGCUCUGGCCGAGGGUCAUGCUUGCGAGAUCUCUGCCCGACGAAACGCUAUGGAUAACGCAUCCAAGAACGCCGGUGAGAUGAUCAGCAAGUACCAAAUUCUCUACAACCGAACACGUCAAGCCGUCAUUACUGGCGAACUGGUCGAGAUUAUCACCGGUGCUACCGCCUCUGCGGACAUGUAA